ACGUUGAAGUUGUCAACCAUGAAGUCUUUUGAGUAGAAAAAGAAGUUUGUCCAAAAGUACCAGAUCUAUAGGCAAAAAGUAACCAUCUUUUAAGCGUAUUUUAGGGGCAAGUCUACAUUUGACUCUUUUCACUAUAGUAGAACCGUAGAGAUCUCCAAAUAUCUACCAGUUCGUAACCCGAUUUGCUUCCGCGGCUGCUCCCUUCUGCUCCGGCGCUCGCCACUUAAAUGUAUUACGGUUGUAGCUCUUCACAAGUGUCAGCUUUUACCUAAAAAAUUGCAAGAUCAAGGUAUAGCGUAUUAGAAGUUUUCUGUGAGGGGUAACUAAAUAAGAAAACGGUUAUAACUCGUCUAUCUAUUUACAAGGUUCUUCUGUUGCCUAACUGCUCGAUCAAUGUUCACCUCUAAAAAUCCUAAAAGAGAAUAGCUAAAUAAAAUCAGCUAUUACUCAUUUCUUCUUAAAGAAUCUGAAAAUAAAGCUUGCUGUUGAGAUUGGAAGCUCAUACUUGGCUGCUGUUCCAUGGUUAAUAAGUCUCCUUCCUGAGUGAAUGUUAAGUUAAGUGAUUAAAAAUGGAUAGGGAUUUUGGAAAAGGGAUGAUGGGAGAGCAAAAUAACUUUGAACAAGCUCGUUAUAGCUCUAUAGAGACUAGAACAGAGGUCACUGGCUCUUCAAACCAGAGAUUUUUCCAGGAUUCAUGCAGUUCUAUUAGUACAGACAUAAGACCACCUGAUUUCAUUGUACCAGUUGGAGCUAGACCUGUAAACUAUUCCAUUCAGACUGGCGAAGAGUUUGCUUUGGAAUUUAUGCGGGAAAGAGUUAACCCAAAGCAGAACAUCAUUCCUCAUGGUUCUGGGGGGACUACUGGAAUUUCUCAUACAGGUUCUGAAAGUGGAUCAGAUAUUUCCAUGAUUGCCUCAGUUGAAAAAACUCGAGUUCAACAUCACCAGAGGUCUAGUACUUCUAUAAAUGAAGAGAUAAGCAACCACCAAGCUGUGCAAACUGGAACUAGAGCCUCAUCAAGAAAUAACAACGUCCAUGGGAUUCAAAUCCAUAUGUAUUCUAGAUCUAGUACAUCAACAAAGUUGAAGUUUCUGUGCAGUUUUGGUGGUAGAAUUAUCCCUCGUCCAAGUGAUGGGAAACUUAGAUAUGUUGGAGGUGAUACGCACCUCGUCCGUGUAAGCAAGGAUAUUUCUUGGGAGGAACUCAGGCAAAAGAUGUUGACAAUAUUUAACAAUUGUCACACAGUAAAAUAUCAGCUUCCUGGUGAGGAUCUUGAUGCAUUAGUGUCAGUUUCUUGUGAUGAAGACUUGCAGAAUAUGAUAGAGGAAUGUAAUGUAUUAGAAGGUGACGGAUCACAAAAAUUCCGGAUAUUUCUCUUUUCUAACAGUGACUUGGAAGAUUCUCUUGUUGGUCUGGAAAAUAUUGAAGGAGAUUCAGAGAUGCAGUACGUUAUUGCUGUCAAUGGCAUGGACUUUGGUUCAAGAAGAAAGUCUGUUGCCCUGGCCAGCACUUCAGAAAAUAACCUGGAUGAGUUUCUGAGCGCAACAAUUGCUGGGGUGAAUGGUCAAGUUGCUAGGGAUCUAGCAGAGGCUGAUACUUCUGAUCCAGUCAUUGGCAUGCCUCUAACAAAUCAAUCUGCUCAUGUAGGGGUAGGGGUGUCAAUUUCAUCACAUACCUUCGACUCCAAUCAACCAGGAUACUUGGGUCAAACUGUAUAUCAUGGUGGCACUGAAUGGCAACCUUUACCUUCUUCCAUACCAGUUGACAGCUUCCGAGGUGUAGAUGGCGAAAACCUGGUUCUUCCAUCUAUGCAAGUGCGGUAUAACCAUGGUUAUAAUCCACCCAAUAUGCAAGUGCAGUACAACCAUGGUUACCAUCCACCCAACUCUUCACAAGUCACAGAUAACUUUCUUGUAAGUUCGGGCCACGGUUACAUGAAUUUGAAAGGAGGCGUGGCUCUCGAGCAGUCUUAUCAGAGCUCACAUAUGAAUAACUAUGAGACACCUGCUACAGUAGUAAAUCUGAAAAGAGAUAACUCUUCUCGGAAGAUGUUCGAACUUAGUAAAGAUCAAUCCCGAGAGAAGGAAGUGCUUGAGGAGGGAAAGAUAAAGCUAGAAAGCUCUUUGCAGAAAAUAAAUGAGCCUGAAAAAAUGUGUCCUUUGGAAAGCGAAAGAGUUGUUUCCUCAAACCCUGACGAUUCCACCUCAAGUCACGUUCCUAGAGUUGAAGUGUCGACCUUCACUGCUGUGGCAGUUGCUGCAAAUUCUGUUACUCAAUCUAAAAUCAAUGACAAGAGUCAGGAACAAGUGCAGAGUUCAGCGUCUCCUGAAGCUGUUCAGGAAGAAAAACUUUAUAGGUUUACUGAAGAUGGCUUCUCCGGAUCUGGUAGAACUUCAAAUGCUGGCUAUGGUGACUCAGAGACACAUCCACUUGACUUUAGCUACGAACAAUCAUCAAUUCCUUCACGGCCUUUUCGUUCUGAAUGGAUACCCAGGGAACAGCCCGGCCUUAAUCGUUUAUCUAGAUCUGAUGAUUCAUCUGCUUCGCAGUUCAUAAUGACCCAUGCGCACUCUGGGGGCACACAGCAGACCAUAGAAUCAGUAGAUAAGUUGCACGACGGUAAUGUGGCUCCCCAGUCAGAGCAUGUUAUAUCUUCUGGAAGAUCUUUGUCAGCUAAUCAACGUGCUACUGCAGAGAAAGGUGUAAAAUUUCAGGAAUCUCUAGAGUUAAGUGUCAGUGCCACAGAAAUUUAUACCAAGGGUGCUGGAGAAGUUUCUGAAGCAAAUCUCAAUAAGCCUGAGCUGAAAGCUGCAACAUAUGCAGAUAAAGUGAAAUCUGGACUAGGUGAUCAUAUCACAAGCAGUAAUGUCCAGGCUGAGACUGCUUUUGGGCAGACAGAGCUUCAUAGGGGUGAUGCAGUUGCAAACAGAGCCGAGGGAAAUAAAGCAGCAGAGCAAAUACAGCCUUUGGCUGUGAAAGAGUGUCAGGUAGGAGCAGCUUCUACAGAGAGGCCCUCUGGCACAAUUGAGCAUGGGAGCAUUCUUUUUGACAUUAAUGACCGCUUUCCCCGUGAUUUUCUCGCUGAUAUAUUUUCGAAAGCCAAACUUAUGGAUGCUUCACCAGUGCCUGUUCCACUACACACUGAUGGAACUGGUUUGAGCUUGAAUAUGGAGAACCAUGAACCAAAGCACUGGUCCUUUUUUCAAAAGAUAGCUCAAGGUGAUUUUGGUAGAAGAGAUGUCUCUUUGAUGGACCAGGAUCAUCUUAGUAUGUCUUCUACCUGUGCAAAUGUUGAUGAUGGGGUGUCUAUGGAUUCUGGUUAUCAUCCUUUCCAGCGUGAUGGAGCAAUGAUAGAUCAUAUGGACUCUCAGCUCAAUAUUGAAGCUGAGUUCCAGCAACCAUCACCUGAAAUUGUUGGACCAGACACCAUGGAUUUGCCUUCAGAGUACAAACCUUCUCAAACCACUUACGUUCAAAGUAUGCAGUAUGUUGGUGAAUUGAGUUCAAAAAUACCUGAAUCGGGGUAUCAGGAUGAUAACCAAGGAGCUCAGAAUGCUGGCUUUCCCCUUACCAAUCUCUCGCUUGGAGACUUUGAUCCUAGCUCCUUGCAGAUUAUCACUAAUGAAGAUCUUGAAGAGUUAAAGGAAUUGGGUUCUGGAACAUUUGGGACCGUAUAUCAUGGAAAAUGGAGAGGGACUGACGUUGCCAUCAAGAGAAUAAAAAAAAGCUGUUUCACAGGUCGCUCAUCAGAGCAGGAGAGAUUGACUGUGGAGUUUUGGCGUGAAGCUGAAAUUCUUUCAAAACUACAUCAUCCCAAUGUGGUGGCAUUUUAUGGUGUUGUGCAAGAUGGGCCAGGGGGGACUCUUGCCACAGUAGCAGAAUUCAUGGUGAAUGGUUCUCUUAGACAUGUUUUACUUUGCAAGGACAGAUACCUUGAUCGUCGCAAGAGGCUCAUAAUUGCAAUGGAUGCUGCAUUUGGAAUGGAAUAUUUGCACUCAAAGAAUAUUGUGCAUUUUGAUCUGAAAUGUGACAAUUUGCUUGUCAACUUGAAGGAUCCUUCUCGACCCAUUUGUAAGGUGGCUGAUUUUGGACUGUCAAAAAUAAAGAGAAAUACCUUGGUUACUGGUGGUGUCAGGGGAACGCUUCCUUGGAUGGCUCCAGAACUAUUGAAUGGUGGCAGUAACAAGGUUUCUGAGAAGGUCGAUGUCUUCUCCUUUGGGAUUGUGCUGUGGGAAAUCCUUACUGGCGAGGAACCUUAUGCUAAUAUGCACUAUGGAGCAAUUAUAGGUGGUAUUGUAAGCAACACAUUGAGACCGCCUGUGCCAAGCUUCUGUGACAGUGAGUGGAGAAUGCUUAUGGAACAAUGUUGGGCUCCGGAUCCUGCCAUCCGCCCAUCUUUCAGUGAAAUUGCUAGACGCUUACGUGCCAUGGCUGCUGCCUGUCCAACAAGACCACAAGCUCAUCCAACCCAAAAUAAGCAACCAAAGUGAUGGUAUGGCUCUUCUUUCCUGGUAUCUGUGGCGGAAGUUUCUUAUGAGUAGUUUCUAAGUAUAGUCUGCUUAUUCUGCAACAUUGGAGUGAGGAGAGUGGUCUCCUUCAGGGUGUGAAAAAACUAAUGAACGAUAGAUUAUAUAUAUUCCCGUUAAAAACAUGAAAAUCUUGUUACAUAUUGCAAUUUGUAAAGCAUCAUUUGUAUCUAUGAUAAAUGGAAAUGUAGCUUUGGCCUCAGAAAUGUUUGGUGAUAUUACAAGUUUAAGUGAUUUUACUUUGCCUCUACA